CAGUGGUACCGGCGGCCGCUGCGGGAGUCAGGCCCCACCCUGGACAUGCCGGUUCCCUCCAGCUUCAACGACAUCAGCCAGGACUGGCGUCUGCGGCAUUUUGUCGGCUGGGUGUGGUAUGAACGGGAGGUGAUCCUGCCGGAGCGAUGGACCCAGGACCUGAGCACAAGAGUGGUGCUGAGGAUUGGCAGUGCCCACGCCUAUGCCAUCGUGUGGGUGAAUGGGGUCAACACGCUAGAGCAUGAGGGGGGCUACCUGCCCUUUGAAGCCGACAUCAGCAACCUGGUCCAGGUGGGGCCCCUGUCCUCCCAGCUCCGCAUCACUAUCGCCAUCAACAACACACUCAGCCCCACCACCCUGCCACCAGGGACCAUCCAAUACCUGACCGACACCUCCAAGUAUCCCAAGGGUUACUUUGUCCAGAAUACAUACUUUGACUUCUUCAACUAUGCGGGACUGCAGCGGUCUGUGCUUCUGUACACGACACCCACCGCCUACAUCGAUGACAUCACCGUCACCACCGGCGUGGAGCACGACAGUGGGCUGGUGAAUUACCAGAUCUCUGUCAAGGGCAGUAACCUGUUCGAGUUGGAAGUGCGUCUUCUGGAUGCAGAAAACAAACUCGUGGCGAACGGGACAGGAACCCAGGGCCAACUGAAGGUGCCGGGUGCCAGGCUCUGGUGGCCAUACCUGAUGCACGAACGCCCCGCCUAUCUGUACUCGUUGGAGGUGCGACUGACUGCACAGAUGUCGCCGGGGCCUGUGUCUGACUUCUACACACUCCCUGUGGGGAUCCGCACUGUGGCUGUCACCGAAAGCCAGUUCCUCAUCAAUGGGAAACCUUUCUAUUUCCACGGUGUCAACAAGCAUGAGGAUGCGGACAUCCGAGGGAAGGGCUUCGACUGGCCGCUGCUGGUGAAGGACUUCAACCUGCUUCGCUGGCUUGGUGCCAAUGCCUUCCGCACCAGCCACUACCCCUAUGCCGAGGAAGUGCUGCAGAUGUGUGACCGCUAUGGGAUUGUGGUCAUCGAUGAGUGUCCUGGCGUGGGCCUGGCACUGCCGCAGUUCUUCAACAACGUAUCCCUGCAGAACCACAUGCGGGUGAUGGAGGAAGUGGUGCGCAGGGACAAGAACCACCCCGCCGUCGUGAUGUGGUCUGUGGCCAACGAGCCUGCGUCCCACCUAGAAUCUGCCGGCUACUACUUGAAGAUGGUGAUCGCUCACACCAAAGCCUUGGACCCUUCCCGGCCUGUGACCUUUGUAACCAACUCCAACUAUGCAGCAGACAAGGGGGCUCCGUAUGUAGACGUGAUCUGUUUGAACAGCUACUACUCUUGGUAUCACGACUAUGGGCACCUGGAGUUGAUUCAGCAGCAGCUUACCACCCAGUUUGAGAGCUGGUAUAAGACAUAUCAGAAGCCCAUUAUUCAGAGCGAGUAUGGAGCGGAAACGAUUGUUGGGUUUCACCAGGACCCGCCUCUGAUGUUCACUGAAGAGUACCAGAAGAGUCUGCUAGAGCAGUACCACGUGGUUCUGGAUCAAAAACGCAGAAAGUACGUGGUUGGAGAGCUCAUCUGGAAUUUUGCCGAUUUCAUGACUGAACAGUCCAAGGAGGAAGGAAAAACGGGACCUCAUUAUGGAUUUACUUUUGGGAAACACUCAUUAUUCCAUAGUAGGGUACAAAGCCUGAGAAGCUUAAGGUAUUUCAGGCUGUUGUACAUUACUCACUUGCAAAAGUGA